UUGCUGAGCAGCACCAUGGACCAGAUGAGCAGCCGGGCGGCCCCGGCCAGCCCCUACACCCCGGAGCACGCGGCCAGCGUGCCCACUCACUCCCCGUACGCACAGCCCAGCUCCACCUUCGACACCAUGUCCCCCGCGCCCGUCAUCCCCUCCAACACCGACUACCCCGGCCCCCACCACUUCGACGUCACCUUCCAGCAAUCCAGCACAGCCAAGUCGGCCACCUGGACGUACUCCCCACUCCUGAAGAAGCUGUACUGCCAAAUUGCCAAGACGUGCCCCAUCCAGGUGAAGGUGUCCUCUCCGCCGCCCCCAGGCACCGCCGUCCGCGCCAUGCCCGUCUACAAGAAGGCGGAGCACGUCACUGAGGUCGUGAAGCGCUGCCCCAACCAUGAGCUCGGGCGGGACUUCAACGAAGGACAGUCUGCCCCAGCCAGCCACCUCAUCCGUGUGGAGGGCAACAACCUCUCGCAGUAUGUGGACGACCCUGUCACUGGCAGGCAGAGCGUCAUGGUCCCCUACGAGCCCCCGCAGGUGGGGACGGAGUUCACCACCAUCCUGUACAACUUCAUGUGCAACAGCAGCUGUGUGGGGGGCAUGAACCGCCGGCCCAUCCUCAUCAUCAUCACCCUGGAGACCCGGGAUGGGCAGGUGCUGGGCCGCCGAUCCUUCGAGGGUCGCAUCUGCGCCUGUCCUGGCCGAGACCGCAAAGCCGACGAGGACCACUUCCGGGAGCAGCAGGCCCUGAACGAGAACGCCUCCAAGAACGGGGCAGCCAGCAAGCGCGCCUUCAAGCAGAGCCCCCCUGCCAUCCCUGUCCUGGGCACCAAUGUGAAGAAGAGACGGCAUGGGGACGAGGACAUGUACUACAUGCACGUCCGGGGCCGGGAGAACUUCGAGAUCCUGAUGAAGGUCAAGGAGAGUCUGGAGCUGAUGGAGCUGGUGCCGCAGCAGGCGGUGGAGACCUACCGUCAGCAGCAGCAGCUGCUGCAGAGGCCGAGCCCCCUGCAGCCUCCGUCCUACGGGCCCGUGAACAAGGUCCACGGGGGUGUCAGCAGGCUGCCCUCCGUCAACCAGCUGGUGGGCCAGCCUCCCCCACAUGGCUCGGCGGCUGGGCCCAACCUGGGGCCCAUGGGCCCCGGGAUACUCAACAACCACGUCCACACCCUGCCAGCCAACGGCGAGAUGAGCGGCAGCCACGGCUCCCAGCCCAUGGUCUCGGGGUCCCACUGCACCCCGCCUCCCCCUUACCAUGCCGAUCCCAGCCUGGUCAGUUUUCUGACGGGACUGGGGUGUCCGAACUGCAUCGAGUAUUUCACCUCCCAGGGGCUCCAGAGCAUCUACCACCUGCAGAACCUGACGAUGGAGGACCUCGGGGCGCUGAAGAUCCCGGAGCAGUACCGCGUGACCAUCUGGAGGGGCCUGCAGGACCUGAAGCAGGGCCACGACUGUGGCGCGCAGCAGCUCGUCCGCACCAGCAGCAACGCGGCCACCAUCUCCAUCGGCAGCUCGGGCGAGCUGCAGCGCCAGCGCGUCAUGGAGGCCGUGCACUUCCGCGUGCGCCACACCAUCACCAUCCCCAACCGCGGCGGGCCGGGGGCGGGCGCCGGGCCGGACGAGUGGGCGGACUUCGGCUUCGACCUCCCGGACUGCAAGGCCCGGCGACAGGCCAUCAAGGAGGAGUUCACGGAGGGCGAGGCCAACUGA